AUGGCUUCAACACAGGAAACAAUGGCUGGUGCAGCGCCCGAGUCAAGGGACAAGACCAUUCCUCAAGACGCGAUGUCUCAAGAUGCGCAGAGUGAUAAUGCUCCCUCUGACGACCAAAUCCGCGACGAAAAGGCUGCUGCAGGACCUACUAAAUGGCAGAAAGUAAAGGCGCAUCUCAUCAAGUUCAAAUGGUGGUAUUUGCUCGGUAUCGUCGUCCUUCUGGCCAUCUUGCUUCCACUGCUCUUCACUGUCAUCAUUCCGGCAAUCGUCCAAAACAUCCUCAAUGGCCAAAAGCUACCCAUCAAUGGCGGCGCUUUGCAAGUCAUCUCCCCAGAUCAAGUAAACAUGAGUAUAAUCACAUCACUGGACACGCCAUUAGCCGCGACUCUGAAGCCUGUUGAUUUGUACCUGUACAACAAGGAGGUACAUCCGAUGGCCUCGUUCCUCACCCUCAAGCUUCCAAACCUUCAUCUCAACCACAACACAGAUGUCACUGUCGUGAACCAGACGAUGAAUGUCACGGACCAGAAGGAGCUUUUGUCUUGGUUCAACGAAUUCUUUGACAAACCCAAAGUCGAGCUCUCGUUGGAGGGUAAGCCUGAGAUUCAUCUCGGGGCAUUGAAGUACCACCGCAGCCUGAAAAAGACAAUUGAGAUCCCUUCUCUGACCUACCUCGAUGGAUUUGCCCUCAAUGAUCUCGACUUCGAUCUGCAGUCAAACCGAACAUCCAAGUACAACAUGAAAGGCCAUCUCAACAUCCCCAACUCCGGUGUUCUCCGUCUUGGCCUCGGGAAUCUGACCUUCAACGUCUUGAUGGGCGAGACAAGAGUCGGGUUGAUCAACAUCUGGGAUCUACAAAUGUGGCCCGGUAACAACACCGUCCCAUUCGAAGGCAACUUCUUCUUUGACGAGUUGGUACCCAAUCUUUCCGAAAUCCUCGACAGUCAAAAGGUCGCGCUGAGCAAGGGCUACCUCGAGUUCUUCGCAACCGGAAACACCACCAUAGCCAAUGGCGAGCACAUCAAGUACAUCGAGGGUGUCUUGAACAAGAAACACAUCAGGUUCACGUUCCCUGUGAUCACGUUGCUUGGUGAUGUCCUUGGUGGUCUGAUGGAUGGUGAUCAAGGUUCUCUGCUGAAUAUCUUCGGCGGUGCUGUUGGAAACACGACCUUGCUUGAGCAUGUUUUGGGUCAUUGGGAUGGAAGCGGCGGGGGAGGUACAGCUGAUAAGGUGGCUAGAGGGUUAUUUGCGAGAGCUAAUGGUGGAAAGUCGAAGUCUUGGAUGUGGAGUUUGAUGAAGUUAGGUCUAACGAGAAAGGGUCUAUGA